AAUGUAAGCCAAACAGCUGAUAUACUUGUUGUGCUGAUGAAAUUAAGUUGAAGAUUAUUUGUAAUAAUGCUGGAUAAAGUGAAAAAUGUCAUCGUAGUGCUCUCGGGCAAAGGUGGUGUGGGCAAGUCAACAGUUAGCACGCAAUUAGCGCUAGCACUGCGCGCCACGGGACACAAGGUGGGAUUGCUGGACAUAGAUCUGUGCGGUCCAAGUGUGCCGUAUCUUCUUGGUCUGGAAGGCAGCGAUAUCUAUCAGUGCGACGAUGGCUGGGUGCCCAUUUAUACGGAUGAAAGCAAAACGCUGGCAGUAAUGUCUAUUGGAUUUCUAUUGAAAGAUCGCAACGAUCCGGUCAUUUGGCGUGGACCCAAGAAAACCAUGAUGAUACGCCAGUUCAUUACAGACGUCAAGUGGGAGGAGCUGGAUUAUCUGAUUAUUGAUACACCGCCUGGCACAUCCGAUGAGCAUAUAACGGUUAUGGAAUGCUUGCGCGAGGUGCCAUGCAAUGGCGCUAUUAUUGUAACCACGCCGCAAGGUGUGGCCUUAGACGAUGUGCGCAAAGAGAUAACAUUUUGCAAAAAGACUGGCAUCAAGUUGCUGGGCAUUGUGGAGAACAUGAGCGGUUUUGUUUGUCCGCAUUGCACCGAAUGCACAAAUAUCUUCUCCUCCAAUGGCGGCAUUGAGCUGGCGAAUUUAGCACAAGUGCCACACUUGGGCACACUGCCCAUCGAUCCACGUGUGGGGGUCUUAGCUGGCACCACCGCUUCCGUGUUGAACGAGCUACCCGAUUCCAGCACGGCGCAAGUCAUGCGGGGCAUAGUACAGCACUUGGAUGCGCUGACUGUUGCAUAAAUAGUAUAGACGAGUACAUUGUUGUUAUAGCCCCACACCCAUAAAACGCAAAUUGUGCAUUC